GCACUCAGUAAAUAUCUCAGUCGAAAAUGACUAAAAGGACUGCUCAACUUUGGUUAUCUAUCAGCACCGGAGUUUCUGCUGUAAUUGGGGAAAGUUGAAUCGCGUGGCACGACGGGCUGAUUAUUUCUUCUGAGGGGUCUGGUUCCAAAAUACACCAUUCACAGGUACUUGUUACCAAUCCGGAGCUAGCUUUACGGUCAUGUGACGAAACGGAAUGCAAACUCUUUUGUCUCCAGCUCGGCUGGUGUCCCUUGAAAAAAAUCUGACCCAGAAUGUGGAAAUUUCCCCCAAAAUGGAGUACAUAGGCCCGAUGAGAACUUCACAGGUGGUGUUCAAGUCUGUGAAGAGCAUAAGGACGUUGGACGCGGGAGGACUUGAUCUCCAAGAGUGAUCCCAGCAGGGUUCUGAUACGUGAAAGGGUUCGCCACCCGCCCCGGUAGACCUGGGAGGGACAGGUCAGCUGGCAGGUAUCCUAAUGUAAGCAGAGCAGAGAAAGUUGUUGAAGACAUUGUGUCUGGUGCGCUGUUUGCAUCCAGCCCUCAGACUCAACAGCUCCUGUCUCCUCUUGCUCCCGUCACACACUUUACCUCAGAAAUACCCGAAGAAGUCAACGGGUCUAAUGGACAGGACCCUCCUGCAGCCGUGCGACCUAAAGUGCCCAGGGUUCGUCCGUCUGGUAUGGCGUCAGAUUCCUCCAACUACGAUGGAUGGAACGACUCUUCCAGGGACCAGCAUCUACGGAGAUCCCGUAGUCAGCCAUUGAUGAAUGAACAGGAAGAUAAGGGGAGAUCAGACCAAGAGGCAGAGGCUUGGAACCCUGCAAUGUCGCCGGAUCUAAGACCAGAAGAGGUGGCAUGUAUAGAGGCCGACCAGGAACACUGCUUCUUAAGGGUCAUAGUAGGAUACCUUGGCUCUAUUGAGAUGCCAAGGGAAGGGAACUCGGCUACUGUGAACAUGCAAAACAUCCGUAGUUGUGUACGGAGGUUGAGAAUGGAACAGAGAAUACAUACCCUGGUUCUGAUGGAAGUCAGAGAAGGGAGCGUAAGACUACGGAAUAACAGCGGAGAAACUAUUGCCAUAUACCCUGUGGAAAGACUAGCAUUCAGUGGUGUAUUCCCAGAUGACAAACGGUUCUUUGGUCUGGUCACUACAAGAGGUCUGGAUGAGGAGAGCUGUUAUGCAGGAAGUGAGGACGAACAUCCACUAAAUGUUGGUACAUCUUGCCACGUUUUCAUGGUAGACCCUGAGAUAAGUGCACACAACAUUCAUGCUCAAAGAGCGCAGGAAUUCUCUAUAACGUGUACUACAAACCCAGAAACAGGAGGGUGUGAGGAGUUUCCUCGCUCGGCCCGUCCUCUCCUACGUACAGUGGGACUGCUGUAUCAGAGAGGGAAUGAUGAGGGCACGUUGACUCGAGAAAUAGAAAUGGCCAGAUGGCAAGCCUUUCCAGACCAAGAUGCCGUCCAUGCGGCUCCAAGGCGAAGUAAUAGCAAUAGCAGCAACAGCGACAGUGGGAUUGGUUACUGGAAAGAAGAGGGAUACAGAGUAAACAAUGACAGUGUGUAUGUCGUUGACCUCAGUAGUGAUGAGUACGGAAUGAUGCAGGUCCGUAGACCGAAUGCCCAGCAGCAACAGAACAGGCAGGCGGCCAGAGGUGCCGAGGGUCCCCUGAACAGGGGAACGGAAAAUUCCCCAACCUCUAAUGGAGUGGCAAACGGAAGACAUUCCAAACUGAGUCCUCGCGUGAGGACGGAUAUCCCGCCGCAUUUGAACUUGUUGCAGAGACGAGGCCACCAAGGGCAGGCCAGCUUUCAGAAUAGGACUACCCCGUCACACAACAGUCACGGGCCCAUCAGACAGCAGUCAGCCCCCCAGAGUAGACCGCGUGUUCCCCCCGCCCCGUCUCCUCACGUGGAGAUGUGGGACCAGCUGGUACAGCAGCAGGUGGGGAGGAUGAGAGAUGCACGUGCCUACAACUACAGCUCCAGCGACUCCAACUCACCCAUUAAAGACCGCCCUCCGCCCAUCCCACCCAGGCGUGGUCCUUCAGCACGACCACAGGGGAACAACAGCAAUAGGCAAAAGGGUGCUACGUCCUCAGGGAAGGGAGCCCAGCCACCACGGAUGCAGAACUCACAACAGACACAGUCUCAUGAGUCUCUUGCAGUCUCUGAUGGAGAAGUGGCACGGCCCCACGGGGUGUCCGGAAAGCUGCACCCCAGCAGCAGUGUCAGCAGCCUGGCCAGCAACACCAGCACCCACAGUGUACCUGAGGCACAUGUAGCAGGGGGAGCCACUGGCACGGCCACCGGACGGGUGGCCAGCUGGGCCGUCAGCUUUGACCGCUUGUUACACGACCCCGCAGGGCUAGCAUGCUUUACUGAAUUUCUGAAACAGGAAUAUAGCGAGGAAAACAUUGUGUUCUGGACUGAAUGUGAAAAGUUCAAAGCAAUCACAAAUCAGCAAGAGAUGGUGACUCAGGCGCAGGUGAUCUACAGCACACACAUGGCCAGUAAGGCCUCCAUGCCAGUGAACAUCGACAGCCAGGCCAGGCAGAUGGUGGAUGAGAUGCUGGGAUCUCCCACCCCGGACAUGUUCAACCUGGCACAACAACAGAUAUUCCAGUUGAUGAAAUUCGAUAGCUACUCUCGUUUCCUUAAGUCGCCUCUGUACCAGGACUGCAUGUUGUGUGAUGUGGAGGGGCGACCUUUGCCCUAUGACCUGGCAUCCAACAGUGGGUCAGAUGCUGAUGAUACUGCAAGCAAGUCCAGCAAGGAGAGUCGAGGCCAGAAGUUAUGGAGGAAGGUACGUGAGAAUGCUGUUGAGCUGACGGGUGAUGGUGCUGAGAAGAAACGCAGGUCCUUGCUACCGUGGGCUAGAGGUAAGCACUCCAAGAGGAACAUGAAACUCCAGCCUGACGUGGACAGGAGAAGCAGUAAGUCUGCAGGUGGAUCUUCAGGUUCUGUACAGGUCCUAGAUGGACACCUGAGUGACAACAGUAGCAGCCGUCGCAGUUCCCUCGCAAGUACAGACUUAGAUGUUCUGCACCAGAAAGCCAUGUCUGCUGAGUCGCUGGAGACGUCCCAGUUGAACGAGAGUGCAGCAGCUGAUCCCAGGCAGUCCUACAAGUUCUGCCGAGUCCUGCUGCCAGAUGGAUCCUCUACAGUCAUCUACGCCAAGCCAGGCCAGACAAUACGCAGUGCCCUCAGCAAGCUAUGUGAGCGGCGUCAGCUUCCCAUGGCUGCGGUGGAGGUGUACCAUUUGGCAGACGACAAACCGGUGGACCUGGAACAGGACGUGUCCAUCUUGGGAUCAAAGGAGAUUAGGGUGGAACAAAGGGUGCUCUUCAAGUUGGACUUGCCCUCUCUUGGGAAAUUCUCCCUCCGUGUGAAGGUAAAACCAACCAAGCCGGUGGCUGAGGUGAUGAGGACAGUUCUCAACAAGUACAGCCUGAGGCUGGAGGAGGCCAUCAUCAGACUGGACGGAAAUGCCCUCCCUCUUGACCUUGGCAUCCCCGCUGCUACACUAGAGAACCAGAAGGUGAUUGUGGAGCCCACCAGCCAUGUUGCGGGGACCAAGUACUCCGUACCAGGGAAACUUGCACUUCCAGCAGACAGCAGACACCAGGAGCCAGACAGGACAUCCAGUUCAUAUGGCUUAGUCAGAAGAAACACAACUGGUACAGAAGAAAUCGCCAGGAAAAAUAAAGAAGGUGGAAACUCCAAUACGAAUGGUCAGAGUUCUGACAGACUUCCCAGGAAGACACGGCCAGCGCAAGGGUCGGACACGGAAGGUAAAGGAGACCUGUUUACGAUGCUCUCCCGUGCCAGCCGCAGCAGGAUGGAAGACCAGCGAGGGGCCUCCCUGUCUAACCUGGAACUCCCGGAUUUCCUCAAACCAAAGAAAAGUGGCCAAGACUCCACCAGCAUCGGGACCAACAAAAGCAACCCUUCAUCCUCAGACUCCCAUCGUAAGUCCUCCAUGUUCAAGGACAUGUAUGAGGUACCAGAGUUCCUGAGGGCAGGACUGAACAGCACCAACCAGAGCUUUUCUGGUGUUUAUCCGUCACAAGUGCAGGCUGACCACUACUUUAAGGGACACAACGCUGACGAUUCAUUCUUGCCAAACCAUUCCUACAUGGAUGAGUCGGGAAACAUGUCCAUGUUUAAUGACUCUGCCUACAUCACCAUCUCACCAGAGAAACAGAGGAAACCCCGCCCAAAAUCUGCCACGCCCAACCUGUCCUUCAGCACAUUCCGCCCAGACUCCAGCCCCGACAACAUUCGCGCUGCACACACUGCUUACACACAGCUGACAAAGUCUCACAGCGAGGACUCCAUUCUCAACACCACCGUGGUGGAAAAUACACUGGACUUGUCCGGGGAGGGACGGCACGGCCUGGCGCGAACGUACGGAACCACGGAUCUAGACAGAACAUUAGUGGAGGACAAAGGUCCCCAGGACAGGACAUCUGUAGAUGGGGUACUUCCCAGCCACACCAACUUAAACUUAGUGCCAAAACGAGGCGUUGGUUACUCGCCAAAUUCAGACUCCACAGACAUAGAGCCACACAACUGUAGUGGGGGAUCAGAGUCCUUGCCCCCCUCCCCAAUGUUACCCUCCCCAACAACACAUGAGCUCCUCACCACGCCAACACCCAGACAGAACACUAAUGGACACAACACCAGCAAUAACAGCAUUGAUGGCAGUGUUAGUGUGCUGCAAAGUAGAACUCGAGCCGGUAUCUGUGUGUCUGACAAAACAGCAAGAAGAACUGUGGUGUCCACUGCACAGGAUGGAGAGAAAUUACGUGUGACAUUUGUAUGAUUCCUGCUGAAGAAAGUUAGUAUUGUCUGUCAUACAGUAAUCAGGUAUUGAGACCUCCCCAACAGAUUUGAGCUAAAGGUGCCUGAUUAAAAGUGGAUCAUUCUAGUGUGCUAUCUUUUAUGGAAAAUGUUAACCCCAAGAAGUGCCAUGGUCUGAGUCUUGCCAGUGAGCCAUGUUCUUAACCAGUCCAUGAGUUCAUAUUGUUACAAUGUUCAUCCCAGAAGAUAUGUUUUAAUUUUGUUGAUUUUAAACCAGUUUUUAUCAGAGUCAAGCUGUAUUACCACUUUACAAGGAAAAACAGAGUCAAGAAAGAUAGGAUAUACUAGUAGUACCUCCUUGGUUUUCGGAGUUUUGCACUUACUAAAAAUGCAAUCACUGCUUUGCUUUUGGUUCAGAGCAGGAAGAAUAAUGGACUACAUUGCAGCAUGCAUUGAUUUGUCUGCAAUGCGAAAACAUUUCCUGGGCUGUCUUACCCCAAAACAAUGGGCCACCAAGUGUAUCAAUCUCACAGCAUUUCUAAAGUCUGCAUCACAAUUCAAGCAACUGGCAGCCAGAUUUUUGAUUGGCUGGAGUACGACAAAUUUCAAAAUCGCCCAAGCGUCAACUGUGAUUUCCGCUGAAAAUCUGACCCAUCACAAAUUGCAAUGGGCUUGAUGUUUAUUCAGGAAAGUUAUAGUUAUUGUCUUUUUUUGGUGCUCAGCUGACAUCACGAAGAGGUCUAAAUCCCAACAGGUGAGCUGCUAAAAACAGCCCGAUGCCCUAGGCCUUAGAAAAUCAUCAGGACGCCUGUCGUACUUGGCCAAAAAUGCCCAUUUGGAGCUUGCCAAUACGUCGGCCGAGCUCAGUUCUUGAUUCGUGAUAGGGGCCUUAGAAAGUCCAUUUUAAUCCUUGGCAUGUGUAAAAAAAGCCCUUCUAAAUGGUUAGUCAAAAUGUAGUGCCUUGUUCCAAAGAAUUAACAACAAUUUCUUUCUACCAUAGGAGUACUACAUAUGCUAUUGUGUUCAGAAAAAAAACUACAACUACAUAGAGUGUGAAACUGUGUACUUAACCAGAAUAAUGCACUUAGAAUAUGGGAAAUACUGUGCAAGAUACUGUUCUGACAGUGGUAGUAAUGUCAGCUGUAAUAUUCCUAGUCAUGUUUCAAUGCUACACAAAUGUACAUCAAGCUAUUAGAAUUGUAAAUUGUACAUGGCAAGUAGUGCUCUAAGACCUAGCAAGUUUUUUUUCUGCCAUAUGCGAGACCUUACUAUAGAUAAGUGUUGAAAUAUGUAUAUCUAAUGUCAUUGCCAGUACUCCCUUAGUGUUGUACUGGUUUGUUGUUUCUGUGUGUUUUUAUAUGGCCCUGUUACACACAGGACUGAGAGCAAUAUUCUAGUCAUUUCCUGAACUUUUGUUCCCGGGGCAUGCCUUUCAGUAUGUCUGUGGCAGUACUUCUGGACAAUGUUAUAACAAAUACUGGUUUUAAUGUUAUCUUAGAAGUCUUUUAUCAACUGGUAUUUUCUCUUUUUGUAAACAGGAGAGAUUUCUAGCUUACAUACAGUAAUACAAAGCUUGUAUUUGUAAUUGCUGUACUCUCUUGUUCGUUGGUAUGUCUGCUACUACUUCUGUAGUACUAGAUCUAUACUUUUAUGGCUGAAAAAAAUGUCAGCCAAAUCGUAUUUCAAACUUACGUCAUAGUUGAAAGUGUACAUUUCUUGUGUAUAAUAUAUAUGUAUAAAGUAUGGUAUGUACAUUUCCUUCAGUAUAACUGUGACUGGGUAUAACUUGUACAUUUUGUAACAAAAAAGAGACUUUGUAGAGUACACUAAAUUAUAAAAGUUGAACUGUUA